UGGUAAAUAUAAAAACUGUCUCAAAAAUUGUCAAAAUUAUUAAUCACUCAAAAUAGAUUCGUUUUUCGGAAAUCAUUUUGAUUGCAACCGUGCAAAUUUCAUUAAGCAACUUGCUGAAUUGAACAGCUGUGAGUAGAAGUCCCAUGUCUGGUCAUGUGACAUUUGUUAAGCUGGAAAAGUCAUUUGCCAAUUUUAGAUAUUUUCCACAUCGUAGUGCACCAUUUAUUUGGAAUUGCAUUUUCGGAAGUUAUUUAGCGUAAACUAUUAUCAAAUUAACAGUAUUACGGUUUAAAAUAUUGUAAAAUGGUUUCUCCAUGGCUAGCACCUAUCAUAAUCACCUGUAUUUGGGGCUUUAUUGGAAUAAUUUGUCCAUUUUUGGCUCGCGGACCUGACAAAGGUAUCACUCAAUGUUGUUUAAUGUUGGUAGCUUCCACCUGUUGGCUAUUCUGGCUGUGCUGUUAUAUGACGCAAAUGAACCCACUUAUCGGUCCUAAACUAACCAAGAACGAGAUUAUGAUCGUGGCUCGAGAAUGGGGAAAUCCUAUCCAGGAUUCAAUUGAUAUUACAUAUUAGUGCUUUUGUUAUUCGUCGUCAUUCUUGAGGUCCGCAAUUUUUUUUAUAAGGCCUCCCGUUAAUUUGUUCUUUAACCUUUUACUGUUUGUUUACAAAAAUAUUUAAAGUGCCUAUUGUAUUAUGACUGCUGCUAUUUAAGCACGAGCACAUAUUUGUGUUCCCGUUUUGACGGCCAAGUAAAUUAUCAUUAAAGCAAACGAUAACAUUGCGAUGUUCAAUUAUUUAUCAAUAUCAAAUAUUGUAAUACAAAGUGUCCUUAUAUAAAAAUAUACAUAUAUACAAUAAUUUUUGCCGAAAUACAAA